AUGGAAAAUUUAUACCACCAGACGAAUAGGUUGAUAUUAGAAACUCAAGAAUUAUUCCAUAGAUUGGAGAGUUCGAAAUCAGAACUAGUCGAAGCUGAUGUACAAUCCAGAAUAUUAACCAUAUCGCAAAAUUGCGAACACCUAGACAUUCUCGUACACAAAGAACCUGUUUCCAGACGCAACAAUGCCAAACUACGUGUGGAUCAACUCAAAUACGAUUACCAGCACUUGCAGUCGGCAUUAAGAACACAUCAACAAAAUCAGCUGAGGAGAUUGAGAGUUGAGCAGGAACGUGAAGAGCUGUUAAAUCGUCGGUUUACUAGAAAUGCAGACAUGAACGAUACAACAAUAUUAAUCGAUAGUUCAAUACAACAUCAAAAUUCACUACAAGGAGCAAAUCGAGGAGUUGAUGAUUUAUUAGGAUCCGGUGCCAGUAUACUACAAAGUUUGCGUGAACAACGUGAUCGACUAACAAGCACCCGAAAUCGUUUGACUGGAAUUUUUGGUUCACUUAGACUUUCCAAUACAACUAUGAAAUACAUUGAAAAGAGAUUAAAAGAAGAUAGGUAUAUACUAUACGGAGGAAUGGCCAUCACAAUUCUAAUUAUAAUUAUAGUAAUGAUAUAUUUCAGUUGA